GUAGAGAGUGGCUACACGUGCUACCUGCAGUGACAGCCCCAUACAUUACAAAGUCCCCAGUCCUAUAUAAGCUUACACCUGUUCUUAUAAACACUUGUGCCUCAUCCUUGAACAUUACCAGGCAGCGCUUGCGACACAGUAUCCAGAAUGUUUGUGGCUACAUCCCUGUUGCUGGCAAUCGCCACUUUGGUGGUUAAGGCCUCACCUCACAACUACCUGAUAAUGGACAUCGAACCGCCAAAGAGUGUGUCCGAGAGAGACAUUUUAAACUUGCUGAGUCCACUUCAAGUCAAGCACUCGUUCAGGGUUACAGGAUCCACAAGACUGUUGAUUGUGAUCAGACUCGAUGCCCAGAGCUAUGAGAAGUUGGACGAGAUAACAGUGCCCGGAAAGGUUGAAGUCAUUCCUGCUGUCAACAUGGCCGACACCAUGGAAAGAUGCGGUGUGAGCUGGCCACGGGUGGAACUGACCGACGACAAUGUCACCCUCUUUGAAAGUGAAUCAACUCUAACCGAUGUCACCAAAGAACAACUCAAAGCAAUGCUGAUAGGAUACGGAGAGCACAUGAGUGGUCUGCUACAGGCACACCGAUUCGAGUAUUACCAAGCUGCCGGUGCAACACCACACAGGCAUUUCGUCUUCGUGAAUUCCGUCCCGGAUGAAAUUGAAGUCUUUGGCCGCGAAGGUGUGGACAUCUGGGGAGGACCCGGGGAAUUCGUUGUCAAACCCCAGUAUGUCACCAGAAUCUGAACGAAGCCUCUUCCGCCAAACAAAAUACAGGAUUGCUGACCCAGCUGUUGUCAAAAGAGGGCUAAAAGGACAAACAAGAAGUACUGCCAUCGUUGACAAUCAGACGAAUGUAAUUGUUUGUUUAUUUUUUUGAUUUCGUGAACAAACAAGGCGAUCGCUAUUUUAUUCUUGAGUCUACUUCAUUCUGCUACGUGAGAUGCCACGGAUGAGUCAGUAAACCUCACAUAAAUAAAGCACCAUCUCUGGACACUAA